AUUGAAAAAUAAUAUUUAAAUACUAUUCAAUGCUUAAUAUCUGAAAAAUAAGAACAGCGUUAUACACUGCCAAUGUGAUAUUAAAGGUACAUUGUUAUUUUCAGUGAAAAGACUCAUAUGAGUCAUAGAUGAUGAACAUUUUAAAGUGGUUGAAAAGUUGCUAAAAAGUUCUAAUAAUGUCUGAAAGAAAAGGGACUAAAGCUCUGGAGUUGUGGUGUAAGCGCCUAGUGAAAGACUGUCCUGAAGUGCAAAUAGAUAAUAUGACAACUUCCUGGAGGAAUGGCAUAGCAUUUUGUGCAUUGGUUCAUCAUUUUAGGCCAGAUUUAAUUGAUAUGUCCAAGUUGAAUCCAGAAAACAUUUAUGAAAAUAAUCAUUUAGCAUACAGUGUGGCUGAGAAGCACCUAGGUAUUCCCUCACUAUUAGACCCAGAGGACAUGGUUGAGAAUGAUGUACCAGACAGACUAUCAAUUUUAACUUACCUGUCCCAGUUUUACCAACGCUUAGGUCAUACAGUCAAUACAAAGUUAUCAGAAAGUGAGUCCAAGGUAUCACCUCAAACAACCACUACAGAGACAUCAGCACCAAUAAGGUUUGGCAAGACUGGUCUAGACAAAUGUGCAGCAUGUGGCCUGCCUGUGUACCUUGCCCAGCGCCUACUUGUAUCGCACAAACUGUACCACAGAAGAUGUUUCCGUUGCUCUAAAUGCUCCGGACAUCUAAACCCUAAGAAUUUCGAGAUAGUAGAAGGAUCUGAAUUUACCUGUGAUAGUUGUAAAAAUGAAAAGACUUUAUCAAAAUAUCUUAAUAAUAAUGAUCAUGAUCAAAUGGGGAUGCUGGCGUUCACUGAUACACCGCAUGAGACAAAAUCAGUGUCCAUAGAGGAACCCCCAACUCCUAAAUACAAAUCAAGACCACAAUCUAUUUUGGACAAAAUAAACAUGUUUGAGAAAAACAUAGAAAAAGACAGUAAUUUAGAAAAUAAAAUCUCAAAUAUUUCAUUAAAAGACACUAGUGUAAGUAAUCCUGAAGAAAUUAGCAGUACCAGUAGUUCUCAAUGUGAAAUAGACUCAAAACCUAAACUAGUAAAUGUGAAUAAGAAAAUGGAAAAUGAAACCGUUUUAAGUAACAAUAUUCCUGAGAAAGUGUAUAAAAGUAAUAUUGAAAAGUUCAAUUUCCUGCAAACACAACUGGCUGACGACAAUAUAAGUGUUGGUAAGAGUUUAGAAAGUAUAGAUGACAUUGAAACACAAAACAAAGACUGUAUUAAAACAAUUGAACAUAAUACAGAUAAGUUAGAAGACAGUAAUGAUGUGUGCAGCAGUGUGCAUUCUGAAGUCAAUAAUGAAACAGAUGACAACAGGAUAGCAAAUAGUUCCUCAACAAAUAUUGACUAUAAUCAUCCACUAGAACAAGCUUUAGAGAUUCAACAAGGUCCAGAAAUUAGCAUAAGUGUUCCUCCUAGAAGAAAAAAGCAGAAUGCUUUAGAGAAAGCCUUAGCUUCUGCUAUGAAAAAAGAAAAAGAAAUGAAAAUGGAAACUAAAGAAUACCCAGACCAUUUAAAUCCCUUUUCAGAUGAUGAGGAAGAGGAGAAUACUGUACCACCUCCUCAAAAAAUCAGCACAAAUCCAUUUGGUAGUAGUGAUGAAGAAGAUGACGAUGUGCCACCCAUCCAAAGCACACCGAAAUCGGACAACACGCCCAUAAAAAGGCUGAUAGCUGUGAAUCCAUUCUGGUCCGACGGAGAGGAGCCCUCAUCUGAUGACGAUGACACACACAAUAAGAGUUCCAUGUACAGAUCUUCAAUGGCCACCAGUACUCCGAAUCUCCCGGGCAGCACGCCUCGGCGAAAAAAGGCGAAAGCGCCGCCUCCGCCCACCAUCGCCGUGACCGAGGCGCCUCGACCUCACUACCCCUCGACCUCCAUGGACGACGUCGCGAGCAUAUCCUCUUUCAGCUCCUAUAACUCCACCGUCAACUCAGAUCAAAAAUCAAUCGGUAAGUGCACCCCAACUCUUAAGAGGCGGCCCGCGCCCACGCCGCCCGGCAGCCUGUCCACGGCGUCAGGCGGCGGCGGCUCUCUGGAGAAAGGUAUCAACACUUCUGGAAUGAGAAGCAUCGGCUCCGAAGGUGGACGGAAGGCUAAAGGCCCAGCACCAGGCCUGCCUCUCCCAGAGAGACGCGAGGUGAAGCUUCAGAUGUCGCCCGAAGAGUUACAAGUGCAGCUCGAUCUAUUGGAGACGCAACAACUGGGCCUCGAGCGACAGGGAGUGCUCAUAGAACGAAUGAUUCGCGACAAGUGUGAGGGCGACGAGGCGGACACAGUGCCACAAGAGGAAGUCGAAGAUUUAGUAAUUCAACUGUGCGAACUAGUAAAUGAGAAAAAUUACUUGUUCAGAAAACAAACUGAAUUGAUGUACAUACGGCGACAACAGCGUUUGGAGCAGGAACAAGCUGACAUCGAACAUGAGAUCCGCAUAAUUCAAUCACGACCCGCCGUCAAUCGCAUUGAUGCUGAUAAGGCCCGCGAGGAAAAGCUGGUGUUACGUCUAGUAGAAAUAGUUCGUAUGCGUGACGAGUUGGUGCAGCAAAUUGACGCAGAGCGCCGUCGUGAACGGCAGGAAGACCUGGCUAUCGCUGCCUCCAUCGCCAGCAAGAGAGCGCAAAGAAAUAGUGAGUCAAAUAGUUCGUCUAUGAAAUCAGUAGAAGUAAUACCAACACCUAAGAAGAGCAAGGUGAAAGAUAAAGUUAAAAAACAAUUGAAGAAAGCCAAACACACACUUAUUGCUAAGAAAAAGGAAGAUUCCGGUGACCGUAAAGAAGAAAAAGAGAAAGAAAAAAAAGUUAAACAGUAGUUUUUUGGGUUCUGACACAUAAUUAUUUCCUUACUGAAAUCAUGGCGAGUCCCAUAAUAUCUGUACAUAAAAUAAGUAGUUUCAAUGAAGCUUGAUUGAACUACAUUAUUUUAUUUAUGUAUAGAUGUUAUGAUUGUUUUACCAUUGUAUGGUAAUCUAUUGACGGUUCGUUACAUAUUUGUAAUAUUCAAGCAUUAAUAUACGCAUGCGCGUCAUGGCGUUAUGAACGUACUUAAGUAAGACUGAAACAUUCCACUAAUAAUUUUAACUAUUUAAAGAAAUGUUAAUCAUUUGAAGGGAUAUUCUUAUUUGUAUAAAACUGAAGUUGAACUGUAACAACAAUUUCGUAAUAAUCAUAAAAAGAAUGUGGAAAUUACGUGCCAGAAUUAGACUUUAGAAAAUUAUUUUGAUAUUGAUCUGUUGACUAUCUCUAUAUUUAUCUUAUUUUUGUCUUAAAUAACUGUGCCAGAUGAAAACUGGAAAUAUGCAUAAUUAUUAUAAAAUAUUAGUAAUUAACCAAACUGCACUUACAUUGAUCGCAAUUAACACCAAAAUAAUUUAAGUUACUGUUACUAACAGAAUAAUAAUUAUUAACUCGAGCAUAAAUAAUGCACUAUAUUACUGUAAAAGAUUUGCAUUAAGUUUUUUUUUAUGUUUAAAAAAAUAUAUGUAUAUUAUUAUAGCAGUCAAACAGGUAAAAUGAUAUUAUAUUUUUUUAUUAUCGUUAAGUUUUACAAUGUAUAAUUUAUAUACACAUUAUGGUAACAUCUCGUACUUAACUAUUGCCUAGCAAAUUCGUAUAUGACCUAGUAAACGCAGACGGCGGGGCUAGACGUGCGGGACGGGCUCAUCUGACUGUAAUGUCAGUCGUUUGCCAUCUCUAUCGACGGUAACCUAUCCCUCCAUGGUCCAAAGCCGUGUCAUGUUCGAAUUUGCCAAGCUGUAACAUAUUUAUUUAUUUUCAUUUACAAAAAUGUUAAAAUAAGUUGUCAGUAUUAUACUUACCCACUAACUGAUAAUAAUAUUUUUUUAAGUCUACGAAGGACUUAAUUUUGAAUAUCAGUAAUAUACAAUUAUUCAUGAAUGUUCACUAAUUUUACUAAAAAGGACAUUCAAACAAAAUAAUGUAGAUUACCUCACGUUAAAUACUAUGCAACAAUUAAUCUUUUGAGUUUGUACAUCAUCAACUUCAUCACCACUAGAGGCUUAAUAUAGCUAUGAACACACAUUAAUCAAUAUAAUAACUAACGGCAUACUAACUCAUUGUUUUAUAGUCAAUUCGAAUACUCGUCUUCCGAAUUAUUUAAAUUAUAAUUAUAUUACGUCAAAUAUUUAAUUUGAUUACUUCAAAUAAAACAUGUUUCAUAUGACUAAAAAAGUAGAUUUUAUUAAUAACUAGUCUUGCACUCAUAUUCCUUGAUCGUUUUAUUUUGAUACUAUAUAUUAAUGCUAACAUAGGUUGUAUAUAUCUUACUUUAACCUGCAGAUUUUUUCAGUCCAGCCCAGUAGUUUUACUAACCUCUCUGCGUUUUAUAAGCAUUAUACAUUUUCUGAGUAAGACAUAACACAUGCAAUAGCACAAAACAAUAAUAAAUCAAAUUAUGAUCAA